AUGGCUACCGAUGCGUACGAUCUCAAUGAGGCAUACCGACAAACGCAGUCCCAAAUUUACAAUUUGCAGGAAACUAUAUUAAAUUCAGCUAAACAUUCAGGAAGUGCAGACGAAAGAUCCGCCAGAGAUUUACAGAUGGUAGCUGACAGAGAGCCACAAACUACUGAAGUGAGGUCUACACAGGUACUAGAAUAUGUUUUGAACAAAUAUGGCUCGGCGCCUAGAGAAAGUUUAGGGACGCUUAUGUAUCACGCUUACAAAACUGGAUCUUUUGAGAAUAAUGACGAUGAAAAGAGACUCUUGGACGAUCCGUUUGCUGUUUCUAUGCCCAGACCCUUUCUGCCGGCUUUAAGUGAGGAUUCUAUAAACAAACUAAUCACUAUACGUGUAUUUUACGAGGAUUUGCGUGACAGUUUCAACCAUUCAAAUGCCCCAAGAGCUCGAAACAACGAAAUAUGGGGUUGUCAAGUUUACACAGACGACUCAGAACCUCUAUUGGUCCUAAGACAUUGUGGACUUUCGCUUGCAGACUUCAAUGGAACUUCCAGAACCCCUGCAAAUCUAGAUAACCAGGACUUUGUCCAAGGAGCUGUUCCACCGGACAAUGCACCUUUUGACCUCGAAAUGGAUUUACUAAUACUUCCACGACUGGAACAGUACGCCAGUGUCGAACAGUAUGGGGUCCUAUCUCGCUCGUGGGGCGUUGACGCCCCAACGCCGCACGAUGGGCUCAGCUAUGGGAUCUACGAAAUUAGAAUAGCUACAAGGGACACUUCCACACGUAACAUCGACCAAUCCGACCAGCAACAAAUAACACUAAAAUGGUAA